AUGUCACCAAAGAAUUCUAAUCUCCCAUUCACCAUUCCUGGCGCGACCGUUUUGACAAACAACGACCAAGUCAACCCGACCAAGCACAACAAGGCCCUGGUCAUUGCUUGGGACCAAGACGGCGAAGGAGGCAAGUCGAGUAUGAGGAUCAUCCUGGAUUGGCUCGCCAUCGGCGAGAACUAUCAACGCUGGCUAUGGGAUUCCAAGCUCGGCUCAAUAAAGUCGCCCUCAAUAAACGAAAUCUUAGACACAAUGAUCGGCUCCGGUAUCACUCAUCGCGAUCACAAGGGAAUCCAGACCAAAAUCAAGGAGCUUCAUAGUUUCUAUGCAAAAGUUAGAGAUCUACUCAGUCAUACCCGUUCUGGUAUCUUAGAUGAAGAGAUCAAGAAUGGCACCAUCAAACUUCCAGCCACCUUAGCAGAGAUGAGCCAAUACUGGGACGAGCUCCGGCCGAUGAUGUCGAUCAGGAUCCUAGCAAGCCGUCCAGUCACGAGCUCAUCGACCGACCGGCACAUACCCGACUUGAUAGGCCGUCGAAAAACAAACAUCAAAGUCAUCCCGGCCAGACAGACCAAGGCUGCAGCAAAUCCUGACGACAGUCAAGUCAACUUUGGUCGAAGAGAAAGCCCGCCGUCUGGCGGUCGUGAUGCUCCUGCUGCUGCUGCUUCAUUGGUUCGUACAGCUGGGACUAAACGGAAAUCUCCGACUCAAAAUCCUGAACUUGCAGGUUUCGAGAGGAUCAUUGCCCAGAAUUAUGAACAUCGCGAAAGGGUGGCUGAAGCCCGGGAACGACGGGAGCAGAUGAAACUAGCGAACGAGCGACGUAGAGACAAGAUGACCAGAGCCCUUGAGAGACGCAAGUUGAAGAUUGAAAAGAGGAAGGUGGAGUUACUGGAGAUGGAAGUCCGAGCGAAGGCGCGCUUAUUGGCGGUCGAGGACGUGUAUACACGGUUCCGUUUCGUCCGGGAUCUGAAGCUCUUGGGCUACUCUUCCGAGCAGACUGAAAACUUCUUAGACAAACACUUUGCUGGCCGUGGUCUGCUCAAGAACGGUGCACUCGAUCAACUCCGGUCACUAUAG